AUGACAAGCAGCAACCUCUGGUUUUCUGCUGCUCUCACAAAUAAUACGGAAUACAUCAAAGCAAAUCUAGCCAUUCAUGCCCGCUCUGUGGAUUCAACCGGGCAGACAGCCCUCAUGAUUGCUGCAAAGCAUAAUUGUGGAGCAGUUGCAACUCUUCUUGCGCCGCACGAAAGCUGUGCAGUUAACAGUGAGGGAAAGAAUGCUAUGAUAAUCGCUGCUGAACGAAACAAUGUCGGUAUCUGUCGCAUCCUGCUAUCCCACGAGGUGCAUGCUACCGGGCCGAACGGUAUCACCCCUCUUAUGGCAGCGGCACUUCAUGGGUCUUUAGAUGUUGUUAUUCUACUUACUCCGAUACUUUGGGCCAAGUCUGACGAAGGUUAUAAGACUGCACUCGAUUACGCUUGUCUGCAAGAUAAACUGGAUGUACUGAAGUUCAUGCUCGAUAAAGUGCCCAGUGUAACUCCGAAGAUGCUUCAUAGUGCAAAGACGACAGCUACCAAUAGCAAUAAUGAGAAAGCUCUUGCGCUUUUGGUGGCGUAUGAAAAUAGUCCCGAGUACAAGGCAGCGGCAUUUAGGCUCCAGCAGCGGUCUGUAAUCAACUCUAGCAUUCAUGGAUCUACCACUAAGGACAAACACACGUCAGGUCAGGACAGUAUUCCCACAGAAUUGCAAGCUUAUCGGGAUGAAAACGGCCGGUCACUACUGAUCCUUGCUGUUCUUUCGGGUAACGACAAGGCUGUCCAGCAUCUGCUGGGGUGCUCACGGGUUACAGACCACCAGGGGAUGACCGCACUCAUGUAUGCAACUAUUCGGAACAAUACGUCAAUGAUAAAACUCUUACUGCCACACGAAGUCACAUGCAAGACAAAAGAAGGUAUCACAGCUCUUAUGUAUGCCUCAUACUUGAAUCACGCAGAGCCUAUUAAGCUCUUACUGCCUGCAGAAGCCAAGCUUUGCGAUGGAAAUGGGCGUACAGCUCUUAUGUAUGCUGCUUUUGCCGGCAAUGUUAACGCUGUCCGCGAUCUUCUCCCUCUAGAGGGUGGUAUGUGCGAUAAGAUAAACCGUACUGCGCUAAUGUAUGCUGCUCAGCGAGGGAAUGAUGAAGUAGUGGCGGUACUUAGAGACCUAGAGGCAGGGAUGCGCACGACAAUGGGGCUCUCUGCCUUGAUGAUAGCUAGCUUUUUCAACUCAGUAGAUUGCGUGAAGCUCCUUAUAGAAAGAGAGAAGCAGCUACAAGUGGCGUACGAUUCACGUAACGCUCUUUCAGGGUUCACUGCCCUGAUGGCUGCUGCAAGCAAUGGGUCAUAUAAAACAGCGUCGCUGUUGAAGGAAGUUGAGGCAGAUAUGUCAAUCAAAAACACUCCCGUUACUGACGGAGCAGGCACCACUGCCUUGAUGCUUGCUGCCCAGUAUGGAUACGACUCUAUCGUUAAGCUCUUGAUAGCGAAAGAGGCUGGCAGGUAUCGAGAGAGCGGGAUGACUGCUCUUAUGGAUGCUUGCUCCAAGGGUAAUUACGCCUGUGUGGACUACCUUCGGAAAGCGGAGUGUGGAAUGAAACGUAAUGAUGGCAAGUGUGCGUUGAUAUUGGCCGUCAAUGCCCGUGAGGAGCAGUGCGUAAGGAUAAUGGCCAAAUAUGAAAAGAAGCUGCGCGACUCCUCUGGCCACACAGCAGAGUACCAUGCAAAGGUUGGCCAGUUUGAGGGGGCUAUAGCGCUCCUUAAGUAA